GCUGCAGCAACUGCCGCUGCUUUGGCGAAGAAGUAUGGAGCUGACAUAACAGUUGUUGUUAUUGAUGAAAAGGAGAAAGAAGCAGUCCCGGAGCAUGAGACCCAACUAGCGAGCAUCCGGUGGCAUUUAUCUGAAGGUGGAUAUCAGGAGUUCAAGCUGUUAGAGCGGCUAGGUGAAGGAAGCAAGCCAACGGCCAUUAUUGGUGAAAUUGCCGAUGAGAUGAACUUGGAUGUGGUAAUUAUGAGUAUGGAAGCUAUCCAUUCCAAGCAUGUUGAUGCGAACCUACUCGCUGAGUUCAUCCCUUGUCCUGUAUUGCUUUUGCCCCUAUGAAGAAGAAAUGUAUCUGAAAAGCCAGUGGAGCUUGAUUUUAGGAUCAAGGGUAUUAGCAUUACCUCACGUGAAGUUUAUUAUUAUCUUCAUUGAUCAGGUCUCCUACCUUUUGACCUUUUGAUUACGUUUUCUGCUUCUCUGACCAUAAAAGCAAGUUUUAGAUUUGCAAUGACCGGUAAUAGAACGAAAGAGAAGCUGGUUCAUUGUAUCUCAAUCGUAAGAAGACAUGGAUGUCGUCUGCUUUAAGUGUAAGUCUUGAUCAGCUUGAUAGCUGUCAUGAGUUGUUUAAAUUGAUAGAAUUGGAUUUCUUCUGUUUAUAUUGAAGCAUUACGUUUGAACUCA